AUGGACGAGGGUAUUGCAAAUUUAUCGCAAAGGGUGGCUAGACUCCAGUUGGCUUUGAAUAAUGCCAAAGAAGAAUCAAUUGUAUCGCAAUUAUCCAAAUUGAAAUCUCAACUUCGAGAGUUAAAUGCCAACCACCCCGAACUCAAAACAUUGAUUUCACUAGCUGAUCAUUAUCAUGUUCAACCACUGAAUAAUGAGGAACACCCAAUAUCUGAUCUGGUAAAGGAAGAGGAUAUUCAAAUACACUACGAUAAUAUAAUAGAUACUCAUAGGGAUAUGGUUGAAGUUGUAAAUAUGGAGCCUGAUUCGAUAAUUAAUGAUAUUAAUACGCGACUAGCCGAAACGAGUAUUGCAAGUUUAUGGCAAAUGAAUGCUCUGCAUAACCAACAGGUUGAGGAGAUUUAUAGAUAUUAUACCAUGUUGGUUACUAAAAGUAUGAUUGUGUACGAAAAGUAUGUGCAACAUGCAGUGUAUGUGAAUGAAUUUUGGCUACGAGUUGAUGAGCGGUUGACCAAGAUGACACAGUUAGUUGACAAGAUGGAGAGGGAAAAGCAGGAGCUACAUAGAUAUUAA